AUGGCCACAACACUAAACAAACACAUAACUUUUGUCUUGUCGCUGUUUUUGAUUGUGCUUAUUGCGUUUCCAGUUGUAAAUGCGAUGCUUCUUCAAGACAUAUAUGCAUUUUGCAAAGAAACAAAUAAUGUGAACUUCUGCUUGAAAUAUAUUGGAACGGACAAACGUAUAUUAGCUGCACGCAAUCUCAACGACGUGCUUUUGAUUGCGUUUUCUCAGUGCAAAAUUCAAGUGAGUGAAGCAGCCAAACAUAUCAACAAAGUCCGCCAAAAGUUUAGUGGUCCAAUUGGGAAAGAACGGAUCAAGUUUUGUGAGAGGAACUACGGUUUGGCGUCAGGUUUAUUCCAAGAAGCGUAUGAAACAGGACAACAAAAAGUACUUGCAUACAGGGCUCACUUAUCUGCAAAGGUCGGCUCAACCUAUGUGCGCGAGUGCGAAGAAGAGUGGAAAAAGAAUGGUCCAAUACAAAAAUCCCCUGUAACUUAUUAUAACACAAAUGUUAUAAAACUAUCUUCUAUUAUUCGUGUUAUUAUCGACAAGUUGUACAUGAAUUAA